GUACAGCUCCGUUCUCUGCUGCGUUCUGAUUGAAAUGAGUAAUAUUGUUAACAUUGUGUUUUAUGUUUUAUAACAUAAUUUCGAUUAGUUUUUUUAUUAUUAACAAUGAAGUAUAGCAUAAAGCUGUGAAUUUGUUUGAAAUCGUACUGAAGAGAGAUCGCAGCAUCAGUUAUCUAUGGAAUAACGAACGUUAUUGAAACACGAAAAGCCAAGAAAGAAACUUAUGCAUAAUAAAAAGAUAAAAGAGUAGCGCGAAGAAGAAGAAGACGACGGUGUGUGAGGAAACGUAGAGAAGAAGUCUCAGCAAUUUUGUUGGCUGGCUGGCUGGCGGUUGAGUGUGUGUGACGUGACGUGUAAAUCCGAAAUAAUAGUGUUUUGCCAAAAGAUUAAGCUCAAUUCCAUUGAUGCAUUGUCGCUGUCGAAAUGGGGAAAUUACUUUCGAAAAUUUUUGGUAACAAAGAAAUGCGCAUUUUAAUGUUAGGACUGGAUGCAGCAGGCAAAACAACUAUUCUAUACAAAUUAAAAUUGGGUCAAUCUGUGACCACGAUACCCACUGUUGGCUUUAAUGUGGAAACAGUUACCUAUAAAAAUGUCAAAUUCAAUGUCUGGGAUGUUGGUGGACAAGAUAAGAUAAGGCCACUGUGGCGGCACUAUUAUACCGGUACGCAAGGUCUUAUAUUCGUUGUAGAUUGUGCGGAUCGUGAUCGUAUCGAUGAAGCGAGAACAGAAUUACAUCGAAUCAUAAACGAUAGGGAAAUGCGUGAUGCCAUUAUUUUAAUAUUUGCUAAUAAACAAGAUUUAGCGGAUGCAAUGAAACCUCAUGAGAUUCAAGAAAAAUUAGGUUUAACUAGAAUACGUGAUCGCAAUUGGUAUGUGCAACCUUCCUGUGCAACAACCGGUGAUGGCCUGUACGAGGGCCUGACGUGGCUUACAUCCAAUCAUAAGUUAUGAGAAUAAUUUUCAUAAAACAACAAAAACAGAAAAUUGGGAAUUUAAUAAUAAUUAAAAUAUAAACAAAACAACAAAACAAAUAAUAACCACAGCAACAACAAAACCACUACAAAAAUACAAUAACAAAUAUACCGUAUGCAUGUUUUAUUUGAAUAGAGGAUGAGAAAAUAAAAUAAACUGAAAAAUAGAAAAAAAAAAACGUUAAAUGAAAACCA